ACGAGUCGCACAACUAGUUUGCUCGGACGACCCCGACGUUCGCUUCACAUGGCGGAGCGCGAGGACCUCUUUCUCCGAGCGAAGCACCGGACCUUCAGCGGACUGAGCGAAGAUGCGGAGCGCGAGUGGACGGGACCGUUUUGCUUCAUCCUGGCCGCCGACCCGCAGCUCGGGCUGAUGAAGGCCUGGAGGGACGGCGACUGCGAAGGCGGAGGCGACGAAUGGGCCGAGGAGAUGGAGCUCACCAAGCGGGCCGUGGAGGCCGUCAACCGCCUCCGACCCAGGCCCAGGUUCAUGCUGCUUUGCGGGGACCUGGUCCACGCCAUGCCAGACACCCCAUUCAGAGAAGGCCAGGAGCGAGACCUGAAGGCAGCCUUGAAGGGGACGGACCCCUCCAUCCCGCUGGUGUUUGUCAGUGGCAACCACGACCUGGGCAACACCCCCACCCCCAGGACACUGGAGCAGUACUGCAGUGCUUGGGGGAACGACUAUUUCAGCUUCUGGGUGGGCGGAGUCUUCUGCCUGGUGCUGAACUCCCAGUUGUUCUACGACGCGUCGGCUUGCCCGCAGCCGAAGGAGGCCCAGGACGCGUGGCUGGAGGAGCAGCUGAGCCGAGCCUCGACGGAACCCAGACCCAAACACGUCCUGGUGUUCCAGCACAUCCCUCUGUACCUGAAGAGCCCCGACGAGGACGACAACUACUUCAACCUGCAGAGGGAAGUCCGGCAAAGCCUGCUGGAGCGGUUCAAGAAGGCAGGCGUGAAGGCGGUGUUCUCCGGCCACUACCACCGGAACGCCGGCGGUUGCCACGACGGCCUGGACAUGGUCGUGAGCUCGGCCAUCGGGUGCCAGCUCGGCGAGGACACCCACGGCGUCCGGGUGGUGGCGGUGACCGCCGGCGCCGUCGUCCACCGCUACCACAGCCUGGAGCAGCUGAGCGCCGGCGGCGUGGACCGCGACCUCAGGAAGCUCCUGGACGCCUGAAGGCCGGAGACGGACGGCAGCGUUCUUUGUAAAUAGUACUUUUGUUGGUUUUUUUACUCCCUGUUCUCAGAGGCACAAAAGAAGCUCUUUGUAGCCUCCAGCUGGUUGAGAUAUGAAAAUCAUUUCUUCACUCCAAGCUGAAGUUGUUCAAUGAGAAAUGUAGAAAACCAUGAAGGCACAACGACUGUCGGUCUGAACUAAAAUCUGCAGGUUCAUAUAACCGUGAAGAUUAAAGAGUAUUAAAGGGUGGAGUUCCCCUCUUUCAUGCUCCUAUAAUCUCCAGCUGUCGUAGCCAUUCCUACUGUUAGUCUGGCGGUCCUAUGCAAUAUGUGUGUCAACAUAUUAAUGUGCAGCUGACCCCGGAUCAGCCCUUACGCCGCCUUUGUAGGUAAUGGAUAGGAAGUGAGAAGGUUUUUUUACUUUUUAUAGCUUUUGGUUUCUGAGGUUUUUCUUAAUCCGUCUCAAUUAUAACAGAAAUUAAUGUGAAUUUUUAAAGUUGUGAUCCUCAAAGAUUUUAGUCCCGCCUUUUCUGACUAUAAUUAAAAUACAAUCCGCUUCAUCUUCUGCUGCGAAUGCAAAGUGAGGCCAGGAAACAGCGGGGCGGACAUCAAUCAGAUAAAACACUGAGGCUGAAUUACAUAACCACACUUCAUGUGAAUACCCCCCCCCCCCCCCCGUGUGUGUGUGUGUGUGUGUGUGUGUGUGGUUUGAAGGGAAAUCAAAGGCGGUGCUCGUUAGAAGCGGACCGCGCCACUGACGAGGCAAAUUAUUAUAUAAAGAGAAGGAAAUGGGUCAAUUCAUGUUAAUAAAUGAAUCCAAUAAUUUAGUUGUAUGUACAGAGAAUCUCUGGAAUGAUCCGCUUGUCGGACGGUAUUUGUGUCCCUGAUGUAACGUUCACGUCGCUCCACUUUAAGAGCCGCCGUGAACGUGGCGCGAUCGUAUUGUCGAGGAGCACAAGUACUUCCUGUCACGACCUCGCCGCGUUGAGGCCCCGAUGGCCGCCGGCUGAUUCAGAAGCUCGCCGUAUAAAAAAUAGUGUCUUUAAAAAUGGAAAUUUCUGCAACCAAAUGACUUUUUGCCUGCGGGCCCUAAAUUACUCUCCUCAAUUACACUAACACACACACUACACACUCGCUCUGACCGACUCAGAAUGUAAAAGAGUUGUCAUGGCAACCAUUGAGCAACACAUCUGUGUGUGCAGGAGAGAAAGAGGACGUGUGUGUGUGUGUGUGUGUGUGUGUGUGUGUGUGUGUGUGUGUGUGUGUGUGUGUGUGUGUGUGUGUGUGUGUGUGUGUGUGUGUGUGUGUGUGUGUGUGUGUGUGUGUGUGUGUGUGUGUGUGUGUGGACGCCAUCGCUGACCUCGUUUCACAUCGACAGAUCCUGCCUCACCUCCAAAAAGUCAGCGUGAGGGGAGAGGAGAGGAGGAGGAGGGAUAAUGAGGAUAAUGGUUGAAAGACGACUCAGUCCAUCUCCUUCAUUUCCUGUCUGAGAAGGAGCCGCAUGUCCUUUAUCUAUUCGUACAUCCUCACGGGAGACGAGCUCAAACACAUUGUUCCUUAUCUCCUUCUUUUAUGUGUGCUUUUGGUUUUGAGCACAUUUGUUCUCAUCGCUUUGACCGAUGGCCUCCUGGAUACCGUGACGGUGACAUCACUUGGUGGUAUUUUUAUAUAAUAAAUAAAAGAUGUUAUCUAAUGAU